CUGAGAUCUGAUAUUUGAAGAAAUCAAAAGCUAUGGCGGAGGAGGGUCAAGUUAUCUAUUGUCACAGCAAAAAUGAGUGGGACGAUCAUUUCCAGAAGGGAAAGGACUCCAAACAACUGGUAGUGGUUGAUUUCACUGCAGCAUGGUGCGGACCCUGCCGUAUUAUUGCACCCGCUUUCGACGAAUUGGCUAAGAAUACACCAAAUGUCCUAUUCUUGAAAGUUGACAUUGACGAGUUGCUGGAUGUUUCUACAGAGUGGAAAAUCAGGUCAGUGCCAACCUUUUUGUUCAUCAAAGAAGGAAAACUUGUUGACAGUUUUUCAGGCGCUAAUAAGGUACAAAUUGGUAUGUUAGUUGCAAAGCAUUCAGCUGUGGCUGAUGCUUGACUUUGAUUGGGUUUUGGGACUAAAUAAAGAUCAGUAGAAUUUACUGUCUAUGAUGUUUCUCAUAGACAUCUCCCUGCUGGUUGGCUUCUUGCUUUGCUAUCUUUUUAUGUAAUUGAUGUGGUUGGUGGAGUGAUGCAGCUUUGGAUGCUGUUGUUUCUAAGGUUGUACUUGACUCUUUCAUUGUUGUUUGUCAGGCUGUACUUGACAGUUUCUCUUUUAAUGGAAAAGAUUGUUCUUGAUAAA